AUGCCGCAGUACACGUUUGAAAUGGCGAUGACGUGCGAUGGUUGCGCCAAUGCAGCACGACGGGUUCUGGGAAAACUUGGAGACAAGGUGAGCAUUGACGAAGUUAAUGUCGAAAAAAAGAAAGUGGUGGUUACCACCGACUUACCAGCCAAUGAUAUUUUGGAAACACUCAAGAAGACCGGCAAAGAAGUAAAACAACUAUAA